CGGCAGACGGGCAGCAGUAAUGGCUGAUUCAAAUGCCACAAUGGCUCCUCAACGCUGCCAGGACAAAACACCCAUCCAGCUUCUGCACGAAUAUGGCAUUAAAAUCAGCAGCGCGCCUCAAUACGAGCUCAUUCACGCGGACGGGGACGCGCACCAGCCGUCCUUCAUGUUUAACGUCACCAUAGGAGAGGUCACAUGCAAAGGCCGAGGAUCCACAAAAAAGGCCGCGAAACAUGAAGCUGCAGAAGCCGCCUUGAAAUUACUGAAGCGAGACAGUCAGAUAAUAGACCAGAGAGACAACAAUGGUCUUUCUCCUGAAGCCGGAGAAGCGUCCAAUCCUGUGGGAAUACUGCAGGAGCUGGCCAUGCAGAGAGUAUGGUGCCUGCCGGAGUAUGUUGUGUUUAUGGAGACUGGGCCGGGACACAUGAAGGAGUUCACCAUUGCCUGCCGUCUAGAGGGACUGGAGGAAACAGGAUCCGGCAGCUCCAAAAAGCUGGCUAGACGAGCAGCAGCUGAAAACAUGAUCUCCAAACUGCAGAGCUUGUCAGGAUCUUCAGAGAUCACGUGGAGUCCACCUUCUCGUGUGUAUGUGGAAAGCUUGCGUAACUCCACUGGUGAGAAGGUCUCGCUGCUGAAGAGGACGCCACUCAGCCUCCCCAACACAGACUACAUUCAGAUGCUGCUGGAGAUCUCACUGGAGCUCGGCUUCCAGGUCACAUACAUCGACAUUGAUGAGCUGACGGUGAACGGUCAGUAUCAGUGUCUGGUGGAGCUCUCCACCCGGCCGGUGACGGUGUGUCAUGGCUCUGGAGUGACCAGCAGUAACGCCCACAACGCCGCAGCCCACAACGCCCUGCAGUACAUCAAGAUGGUGGCCAGCAAACACUAGCAGCAGGUCUGGGGUCUGCAAACACACGCUGGGAAUCUGCUCUUCCAGACGCUGAAGACUGAGCCACACACUGAAGACACACACGGCUCUAUGCAGACAAUAAAUCCAGUUAUUAUGGGUUAUAAACUGUUUAUUACUGGAUGGUGAAAGUGGUAAAUUCACACUAUCAGAUGAACGUUUGAAGUGUGUGUGUGUGUGUGUGUGUACACAGUAGUCAGUGUUUGAAGUGGAUCAAAUCCUUUCAUUAAAGCUGCUCUAAUUCUAGUGAACACCAAUUCCUGUCUUAAUUUUGAAGACGUGUUUUGAUCCUCUUCAAAUGUGGACCACUGUGGAAAUAAGAAGAGUUUAGAUGCCGUCUGAAACUUUCAUCCAAGAGUUGCAUUUCUCUGAGGCCGUUAUGUGUAGUUUCAGUAAUUUUAGUGCAAAGAAAAGGUUAUUUUAUUGCCUUUAAUGUGAAAUAACUAAGAGGAAUAUUAAUAAUAAAUAGAAUGAAGAGGAAAUUUUCAGACGGCACUUAGAUCUGAACUCUUCUUAUACACACCCAGUCAAAAGUUUAAGGUCAGUGUGAUUUUUAAAUGUUUUAAAAUAGGCAUCUUCUGCUCACCAAAGCUGCAUUAAUUUAAUCACACAUACAGAACAGAUGAAUGUUAUUGCACUGUAAAAUAACUGUUCAAAAGUAGAUCAUCAUUUAUUCCAGUGAUUUAAAGAGGAAUUUUUAGCAUCAGUACUCCAAUCUUCAGAGUCACAUGAUCUUUCAGAAAUCACUCUAAUAUUAGUUAUUAUUGUUAUUAUUAUUAAUGUAAUAGUAAUAAAGCAAUAAUGACUGGGGUAAUCAUUUCAUUUGAAACCACAUACAAUAAGUAAUAAAUAAAUAUUUAAUAAAUAUUUCACCUUUUUUACAUUGAAUAAUCAUGAAAAGAAAAUACUGACCCCAAACCUUUGACCGGUUGUCUGUGCGUGUGUGUGUGUGUUUGUGUGUGCGUGCGUAAGUAAUCAUCCUCCUGUGAAUUUGAUUAUUUUUCAUAUAUUUUCUUUUUAAAGUGCAAUGACUUUUUUCUACAGACAUUUUUCACUAUUUUCUGUUAUUUUUCUUUUGGACAGAAAGUCUGAAAGUCUUUUUUUUUUGUCUACAGAACACUAUUGUCCAAUGACUUGCAUAAUUAAGCUUUUAAAUUGCACUUGAAGCUGAAUACUAGUAUCUAAUAUACUGUACUAUUGUAUACUACACUAUAAAAUACUUUCAUCAUGGGUAAACCCCCAAAAAUAGUUUUUUUGAAAUGUAAAAAAUAAUAAUAAUAAUUUAAUUGAUUAAAAAUGUGUAAAAUAUCUGAUAAACAGCACUUAACAGAACAGAAAAUAUUGAAAAAUUUUAAUUUCAUGGGAGGAUAUAUACACACACACACGCACGCACGCACGCACACACACACACACACAGGGUGAUUCAAAAAAAUACCACAACUUUAAAAGUCGAGAACUCUGCAAAGAAGAAAGGAGAGCUAAGCUCUUUCUGUUGUCGAUUUAAAGACGUUCUGAAGGAACUUGAAGUAGGAAUUACUGCAGCUAUCCAAACUGUUAGCCUGAGAUGCUAAAGAGAGUGUGGAACGAGUUCAAGUAUUGGGUUGAUGUCACUCAAAUGUCUGGAGGGGGUCAUAUUGAACUUCUAUCAACUUGUUUUCCACUGAAAAAACUUUCUAAGUACUCUUCACAUUGAUUAAUUACCCAAGGUUCCACCAUGUUUCUUUGAUUAAAUACAGAUUUUCAAAGUUGUGGUAUACUUCAUCAAUCACCCUGUAUAUGUAUGUAUGUAUGUAUGUAUGUAUGUAUGUAUGUAUGUAUGUAUGUAUGUAUGUAUAUAUAUACACACACACACUACUGGUCAAAAGUUUGGGGUCUGUUUUUUUUUUUUUUUUUAAGAAAAUGAUUCUGUUCAUCAAGGCACCGUUUAUUAAGUGUAAUAAAAUUGUUAAAUAUUUAUUUAAAUAUUAAAUGACUGGUUUCUUGUUGUAUGGAGUUUCAAAUGAAAUGAUUACUCCAGGCAUUAUAGCUUUAUUACUAUUACAUUAAUAAUAAUAACACUGAAUUAUAAUAAUAAUUAAUAUUCUAGUGAUUUCUGAAGGAUCAUGCGACGACUGGAGUACUGAAGCUGAAAAUUCACCAUUAAAUCACUGGAAUAAAUGAUUUAAAUGAUUUAAAUUUAGAACAGUUAUUUUAAAAUCCAAUAACAUUUUACAAUUUUAUAAUCGGUUCUGUAUUUAUGAUGAAAAAAAUGCAGUCUUGGUAAGCAGGAGAAGCUUAUUUUAAAACAUUAAAAAUCACACUGACCUCAAACUUUUGACCGGGUAUAUAUAUAUAUAUAUAUAUAUAUAAAACAUUUGAGGUGGGUCAGGAAAUUUAAUGAAAGUUAUCCUAAAACUAUUGAACAUCACUAAAACACCGAGCAUCAAAAUAACCUAUUCUUUCUACUAAGAGUACAAUUACUGAGAAACAGCCUGAGAAAAAUGCACUCAGACGUUUUUGCAUCUAAACUCUUCAUAUGUAUGUACACAUAUAUGUGUACCAGUGUUGCCAGAUUGGAGAUGUCAAAGUAUCGUACCAGAACCUCAAAAUUACUGUAUUUGGAGGAAAAUGAUCAUACACUAUAGUCAAACGGAGAGUAUACAGCUAUUAUCCAGACACAUAGUGUUUUGACACAACGUGCAAAUUACCACAAUACGUAAAAAAAAAAAAAAAAAAACUAGGCAUACCUUAGUGGGAAGGUUCAAACUCCACCUCUGAGUUGCUGUCAUCGAAUGUUGCCAGAUGUUGAGGGAUUUAUUUAGCUGUCUUAGACUGCAAAAUAGUGCUGGUUGGCUUGAAAGCAGUGCACCCUCCCGAAUGGUUGAACACACUUUGAGGUGUGCAUGCUCUGAUGAGAUUAACUUUAGAAAAAAACACGUUCACAUGACGCAUUUGAAUAGGGAAAAAUGAGAACAUUAAGGGAAAACUCCCCUGUCCUUCUCACCUUCCUUUACAGCACUAACUGUUUUAACAUUAUUGCAUAAAAGACCGACCUCAAACUGAAAACUGCUGACCUCAUCACGGGCACGCGCGGCAGGAGCGUUAACUCAUGAGAGAGAGAGAGCCAUUCUCCAUGUUGAUUGGCUGAGAAGAGGAAACAUAAGAUGAGAUAGAAAACGUGCCGAACUCCAGCUUCUCCUCACAGAGAGUUCAGAAAAGAUGAAGCUAGAUCAAUAAGAAGGCCGAAGAUUACAAUCAAAUUAUGUUUAAAUGCCAUAAAAUUCAGAAAUUAUCGCACAUUAUAGGAUUUUUCUCAUUAUUGAUCGCACAGAGGUGGAAAUUAUCGUACAAAUAUGAUAAUUAACGUACAUCUGGCAACACUGAUGUGUACAUAUGUUUUUUAAUAUAUAUA